AUGCAAAAGAGUAUUGAAAAGCAAAUGGCAAUAAGUAUUAUGAAAAAGGCGGAAAUUGAGAAUGAACGCGAACAACGAAGAAUGGAACGGCAAGCGCAACUCGAUGGAAUCCGACAAAAAUAUGGUAGAUUUCUUAAAUCACUUGUUACCACUUUGAUCUCUCUGGAAGAAUUUUCUCUUCUCAUUAGUUUUCCGGAAAUUCCACGGUGUACAAAUACAAAAUCAAGGCGAGCUACCGCGUUCAAAAAAUUCCAUUGA